AUGAAUACCUCAUGCACCCCCGACGUUAAUUUUCUCGAUUCCCCACAAUUUCUAGCCAUAUCAAUGCAUAUUGUCACUGCAACUGUCACUCCAUUCCACUUACUCGGGCUAUACUGUAUCUUAUAUAAAACUCCUGCGCAAAUGAAGGCUGUGAAGUGGUAUUUGUUAAAUUUGCACGUUUCCGUCAUGUUCUUCGACAAUUCUGUGACACUUUUGGGUAUUCCGUUUAUAUUGGCAACUAGGCUGGCCGGAUAUUCGCUUGGAUUAUUGAAAUUCUCGAGCUACUCGUUUCUUGUGACUAUGGCGGUGUCAGUACUAUCCUUGCAAUCCGUAUUCAUUGCGAUCUCUGGCAUUUUCGAAAGUAGAUUCCGUGUAAUUUGCAAGUUUCGUUGGGUAGAAAAAUGGAAAAAGCUAGUGAGCCCAUUCUUCCUACCGUAUCAAUACAUAGUCUACCCAUCGCACCUAGCGUGCUGUGUAUUUUUAAUUCCGGAUCAAGAAAGCGCAUUAAAGGAGCUUUUUAAGACUCUUCCCUGCCUACCCCGUGAAAUAUACGAAGCACCUAUCUAUGUGAUAAUUGAGGACAUGCGUUAUCCAAUGCUCAUGAUAGUGUUAAACGUGGCAGCAGUAACAAUUCAAAUUUUAUUCUUUGUUUUGUGUCUUGUUUCGAGUAGCUUAACUCAGCUGAAAGAGAAAAAAAUGUCUCUGAAAACCUUCCAAAUGCAAAAGCAAUUCCUGAUUGCCGUGAUAGUGCAGAGCACGGCUCCAAUUAUUUGUUUCAUGGUACCUCUUUUCUAUUUUAUAUUUGCAUUUUUUCUGGCGUAUUAUAAUCAAGGAAUGAUCAAUUGUUUACUGGUUAUUGCGUCGAUUCAUGGACUAAUCUCAACCAUAGCCAUGAUGGUUCUUCACAGGCCUUACCGAGAAGUCUUGUCGAGUAUGAUUGUGAAGACACCGGAGGUCAAAAGAUUGAAAGUUUUACAGUUGUCCACUAUUUCUAGGUCAAAGAUUGUCGUGUUGUAA